AGAGCAUUUAUGUGUGAUACGACCAAGGUAUGGCCCGUACAUUCCAUGUACGGUAUGUACAUGGCUCUUCCCUUGCUAAAUUGUUGCUUCUCCACACCAUGGGCGAACCACGAUGCAAGGAAUGAGGAUAGUUGGACUGACGGGAGGAAUUGCUUCAGGGAAGAGCACUGUCUCCAAUCUUUUCAAGGCUCAUGGUAUUCCCAUUGUUGAUGCUGACAUUGUAGCUCGUAACGUUUUGAAGAAAGGAACUGGUGGUUGGAAAAAGGUUGUGGCCGCAUUUGGUGAGGACAUCUUACUGGAUAAUGGAGAAGUUGAUCGUGCAAAGCUAGGUCAAAUAGUAUUCUCUGAUCCUGAAAAACGUCAGCUUCUUAAUAGGUUGCUGGCACCAUUUAUCUCACGUGGUAUUCUAAUGGAAGUUUUGAAGCUGUGGAUAAAGGGUUGCUCCAUAAUUGUUCUUGAUGUUCCUCUUUUGUUUGAGGCCAAGAUGGAUAAGUGGACUAAACCCAUUGUUGUCGUUUGGGUUGAUCCUAAGACACAGCUGCAGCGGCUCAUGAUUAGAGAUGAAUCAAUGGAGGAGGAGGCUAAAAACAGGAUAAAUGCGCAGAUGUCCCUGGAUCUCAAGAGGUCAAAGGCAGAUAUUGUGAUUGAUAACACCAGCUCAUUGGAAGCUUUGCAUGAGCAAUUCCAGAAAGUGUUAACUCAGAUUACCAAACCCUUGACCUGGACCGAGUUUAUGCUCUCAAGAAAUGGCGCUUUACUGGCAUUGUUUUCCACUUUUGUCAGUGUUGCUAUUUUCAAGAAAAGUGCAUGAAGUAAUGACACCUUGGAGAACUAAAGAUGCAUGUAAGUGCUCAAUUGGGGAAUUUCUUGAUUGCUCUGAAGCUAAUUUGGAAAUCUCUAUUAUGGUUUGGAGUCCAAGAAGGGUGUAUCUCUAUACUUAAUGACUAAGGUUUGUCAAACUAAAACGGCCUGAGAGAAUAAUGUUAGGUAGCAGUAAGGAAAUCUUUCUUUAGCUAAAAGAGGUCGGGUUUCAGCAGAAGUCCUGAUUCUUUGUAUUAGAAGAUUUGUUGUUUGCAAAUUCAGGUAGGAAGUUGAUGAGGUGACAUAUUGUUUGUGGUUAAAUCUAGGUAUAUCCCUGAUCGAUCCAUUAUGCAAGCUUACAUCUAUGUUGAAUAACUCUUGAAUUUGAGUACAAUGUGGGUGAGGGACCUGUCAGCUAGAGGACUAAGAUGUGAACUGGAUGAUGAUGUUAGUGUGAGUUUGGAUGGGUGGGGCAGUUCCAGUUUUAAGCUCAUUCUGUUCUCAUAAGUCAUACCUCACCUCAGUGUGUAUCUUUAACUGCUGCUGAAGCCUUGAUGUUUUGUUUGAGUUUGAAUUCUG